AUGAUGGACAACGAACACAGAACGACAGAAACUCUUCCAAAAGGGGAAGUCCCGACGGAAGCAGAGUUUGCGCGGUUCUUGUGUGACAAAACUUUUGUCGAUUAUUUUAAUACAUUCCUGUCGUUACCGGUAUUCUCCCAACGUUUAGUGUACCGUUUUUCUGAGCAGACCUUCGAGUUGGAUCCACCAAUCAAGCGGACUCAGUAUCGUCUGGAUCGUUUGAAGCUCAUGAGAUGGCUGCGUACCCAAAGAGCGCCCCUCUUCUUCAAGACAGAUUUAUAUUUGGAAUAUCUUCUUUGUAAGCAACUUCAGAAGACGCAGUUGCAUCUAUCCUGUCCCUAUGGUUUAGAUCAAACUGGGGCCAAAGAUAGAAUGCUUGACAGGCGAUUGAUGUACCGUUGGCUGAGUAGAGUCUCAGGGAUGCGAAAGUUCCGUCUUUUCUUGGAGCAGACAGCGGGAGAGAAGGCUCUUCAUUUCUGGUUGGAUGCUGAGAGAUUCAGGAAGACUACCAACUGCCAUGAUGAGCAUCGCGAACUGUUUCGGCAGAUGGAGGCAAAAUAUUUCAAACAUGGUGGGAUGUUUGAGUUGCCCGAACACGCUAAGUGGCUCGCUUCAAUCAAACCAGAAGACCAGAACGAGCCUGCAUCAGUUGCUCCCAGACCCCAUCAACGAGAGCGUCGACAGAGCCAUUUUAUCGUCAGCGGUGUGGAGGUAGAAUCUCACCUCCCAGGGGGCUCCCUCUACGGUGUAAGCCAUGAAUGGCUCAUAGCUCCAGAUGCCUUCGUGGUCAUCCAAGGUUUCUUCCUCAAGACACUUCAGAACUACUGGGUGCCUAGAUACCUCCUCCACGCCAAGGCCAAAUGGCUUCGACAUCAACCCCGUGCCCGAGGAGAGGUGCUGGUCUACAGACCCGACAGCUUUGCAGUCCGUGUUCGUAGUUUAUCAGACCUCGUUGGAGAUGGUGAAGAUGAGAACGCAGUCGACUUCUCCACGAAAGCCAAACAGGUGGUACGUGCUGGGAGCAGGUUGAAGAAACAGAGUGCGCUCAAUUUGUUGUCGAUGUUCAGCUCUCCUGGUAUGCGACGAUCUGAGAUGGCAGCUAUCCUGAAACUUGAAGACUCUGGCGAGACUAUUGGAGGCAAACCUCGAGAUGAGACUGACCUUGUUGGUGUCAGUGGAGGGGAAGGGUGGAAGACGGAGGAUUUCCCGCUGCCUACAAUCUCAGAGGAGGAGGAGAAGGAGGACAGCAUUGCUAGCGUAGAGAGUAGAGGGUUGAUCGUCUCCCCUACUCCUUCACCAGAACAACUUAGAUCUGUCUCCGUCAGUCCAGUGAAAUCUACCCAAGGGGAAGAUUCUGUCCCUGGAGCGCCCGAACCAAGAAGUAAGUAUCUUGACGUAAAACAAGAACCAAGAAGUAAAUCAUUGGAUGUCAAACUAAAAGAAGAACCAACAAGUAAAUCUCUUGAUGAAAAAGAAGAACCAAAAAGUAAAUCUCUUGAUGAAAAAGAAGAACCAAGAACCAAGUCUCCGGAUAAAACAGAAGAUCAAAGUCAAAAGAGUCCAAAUAAAUCUCUUACUGACCUUGAUCUGGACAAAAAAGACACAACUACCACCGAAGGCAGAACAUCUCCUUCAUCCCCGGUGAGAAUGUCUAUGGAUCUACCAGUACCAGGCCUUUCCUCAAUCGAUGAGGAUAAGACUCCAAGAUUCCCGCAGGGUGGGCGAAAGCGUCGCAGCAGCGUAGCUGUGCCGUACCAGAUCAGCUGCGACUCGAGCUCAUCUGUUGGACGAAGCUCAGUGUCUGGGGAUUCAAUACACACACCAUCUCUGCGAAGGAUGUCUCUACCAUCAGGUACUGGGUUAGUUCCAUCUUCCAGUAGCCUCAGUAGCUCGCGUGGAGGUACUACGACAACGACAACCAAGAAGGUUAUUAAACCUCCACGUCGAGCACGAGCUAUGUCAAAGGAAUUCAGGCUUGCAGAUUUCUCAAUGAUGGUCAAAUCACUAGACUCGGCUGGUGGUGGGACUAGGUCAGUGGCUUCAGAAGGGUCUGUAGAUGCUGAUAAGAUCGCCUCGUUCGGAAUGCCGCAGCUAGAGGCAGAUAUUGCGGCUCUACAAACUCACAAACAGCAGGAAGAGCGGAAGAAGGCUGAGAGAUUGGCCAGUAAGAGACAUCGAAGAAAGUCUGUCAUUGCAGAAGAUCCAGAUGCCACUGAUGGGAAACAUGGGAAGAAGGAUGGAAAAGGUGUAGAUCCACUUGCAAAAGGUUAUCACCGUGGCCGCAGGGGCUCAACUGUCUCAAAGCUCUCUGGACGUCAGGUAUCCCAACUUACCAGAGCCAAUCUUGCCAUGUUGGAGGCUGUUCACAGAGGCAAGUGGCAUAAAUCUAGUUAUGCAAAUCGUAGCAGUAAAGGGCCAAAAGACGCUGGAAAGCUAGGUCUCGGUCACCAUCUUGGGAAGUAUGGAAUCAAGAGUGAUGAGUAUGAAGUCGACGCUGGGCCAACUAAAGACUACAGCACUUUGACAUUUCAGGAGAAGCUAAAACAUGAUUCCAAGAAAUUGUCCAGGAUACCCAUCCUCUCGCCAGCUCAGCUAGAACCGAGAAUCGCCAUCGAAAGUCUAAGAGAAAAUACAUUCUCUAUCGGGCCAAAGCUUCCUGACAUCAAAGCAGGAGUGCAUCUGAAGCACCUGGAAGCAUUGUCCAUCUCCAAGCCCUUCUACAAAGGGUAUGGUCUAGGUGAGACCAACUUUCGUGAGAAACAUCGAUUACUGAUUGGUGCAAUCUCAGCUGACAAACUAGCUGGAGGUCCGCUCUUCAGUUUCCUCCAGAGACGAGAGUUUGAAACUGAGCUCAGCUACCUCAAAUUCUGGCUCACCUCACAGGAGUACCUAAUGACCGGGACAUAUAUCAGUGACAUCGAGGGAUGCCUGUCAAGGCAUAAGCUCGCCAGGCAGAUCAAAGCUUCUUUUCUCACCCAGACCGGAGAAUGUUACAUUUCUCUUGGAGACCAAUUGGCAAAGGAACUAUGUGAGCAGCUCCCUCGAGACAUUGCCGACGAGCUCUUGGUUCACGCUCAGAACUUGUCUUGUGAAGCCCUGAAAGACUGCUUCCAAGAUUUCCAAAGGAGUGACCGAGAGGAAUUUCUCUCAAAGACGACUUCCCGUAAAAACUACCGACUCGACGCUUACUCACGAACCAAGGCCCGGCCUACCGCAGGUCUCCCCGACUACCUCCCGCAAAAGGGCAGUACAGACUCACUGCAUAAGAUAGAGACAUCAAGUCACUUAAUCAACCAGCUUGUAAAUAAUGCCCGGGAGAACACCGAUGGUGGAAGGAUGGGCAAGACGGAGCUGGAAGAGGGAACUGUCAAUGCUGUUGCCCCGUAUCGGAUGUGGAGGGCACUUCAGCUGGCAGAAACUGCCUCCAGGGCAGUGGCUGACUCAGCUGGAGCAAGUGACCCAAGUGAUCCUGACAGCGACAGUGAAGACGAAGGAAGUCUCAGACGAAAACUUACAACUGUGUACAGAAAACGCAAACCGAAGCCGGUUAAAGAUGUCAAACCAAGGCAGUCUUAUGACGUGAUAAGACGGCGAGAUGUAGGGAUACACCGAGUCUUACAAUCACGAGAGAGUAAACACGUGACGGAUGAAGAUUCAUCUGGAGCUGGUGGGAAGGCAGUCUGCCGUGUCAUAAGGAAGGAUGGGAGGACUAUUCAGAGACCACCGAGACCCAAAACCUUUCAGGAUGUUCUCCGUGACACCAGCCACCAGGAGUUUCUGAAACGGUUCUUGGUUCAGAAGAAGGCUGACCUACCGCUUCUGUUCUGGCAGGCUGUCGACAACAUGAAGUCAACUAGUAGGGAUGCCAAGGGUCGACAGUCAAGAACCAUCAUGAUUGUCCGCAAAUUCUUUUGCAAAGCAACCGACUUUGGUGGUGCCUUACAGUGUGACGCAGAGAUCAUUCAAGACAUUCCAAGCUUGGAGAAAGUGACUCCACCGAUGUUGUUGUCUGCCCAGGCAUGUGUGGCUAAAAGCCUUGAGGAGAAAUGGUUUGAGCAAUAUCAAGACACAUUCCCUGAGGAGGCGUCCGAUGAGGAGAAUGAAGACGGAAGUGGCGAUGAGGAACAGAGACUUCCUCCGAGACAAAAGAAUAAAGCUCUGUGGGCAAUGUUUAUCAACAAUGUGACGUCAUUCCGCAGAGGUCUGAUGAGCACAGCCACUCUGAACGCCUUCAAGACAUUCUUCUCUAAAGAGGUUCAACGAGAACUCGAGAAACAGAAACAGACCGGUGUACAGAGCAGGAGAAUGAUCAGUAACAAAGUCAUCAUUGUGGAAAAGCUACAGAAUGAUCUCAGCUUCUGGGCGGAGGUUGAAAGAUUUAAAGAGCUAGCAGAUUCAGCCGCGCGAGCAGCAGCCAGUGGUACAUACACAAUAGAUGACGAGGAAAUGGUCCAACGUAAAGCCAAGGCACUCAUUGAUUGCUACAUAGACUCACAGGUCCCGCCAAAAGUUCAGAUCAAUAUAACUCAAGAAGUAGCGGAUGAGAUCUUAGACAUAGCUGCGAAUGGUUUGAUAGAGAGAGGCAUCUUCCAUGAUGCUGCUGUUUCAAUCUUCGCCGUUCUACUCUACUGCUGGAAGAAGUUUUGUAAGGAGAGGUUUGCUCCAAGUAAGAAACCCAGUAGAUCUGAGGUACCCACUGAACCAACGAAGAAGAAGAAACGAAAGAGGAAACGUCAUCCAUCAACCCCACGUGUAGCUGGUGUCAAGAUUAAGACGGUCACUGGGGCUUCAGUUGACGACCCCCCUAAGUUGCAAUUUAGUCUGCAGAGCGGCGUCCAGCUAAUUCUACCACCCAAACCCCACGUCAGGGAACGCGUCCGUGCAGCCAUACGGCAGCUGUAUCCCGACGCUGGCAGCCUCGAUAAACACGGGGACGAGAAACUGCUACAACUCUACCAGGCAGCUCAACAGCUCCAUGCGCAGGGUAGUUUCGCACAGCGACGGAUGAGCCGAUCCGUCGGGCAGAAUCUGCAAAUGGAAUCAGGGCAACUGGCCAGCUUGCUGCCCGGUGGAGCAACUGCUCUCUGA